UUUUUUUUUUUUUUUUAAACAGUAACGCGCUUUAUUAGUUGAAAUCGAUUUAAAUAAAUCUGGUAACCAAUACAAAAGCACCUAGAGCAAAGAAGAUAUAAGAGUAAAUCAUGAUCAUCAUACAGUAAAAUAUUUAUGUGACAAACUUUUAUAGAAAUCAAACAUUGUUUUUUAACAUGAUUAAAACUAACAAUUAUACAAAUCAACUGGCGUUGGUAUUGAUAAGUGAGAUGAAAUAUUGUUAAUCACAAAAGCAAAGAGAUAUGAGGAAAAACUCUUUCUGAUGAUUUUUCGGACCAAAAUUUUACGAAAGAAAUUUUUACUUUUAUUAUACAAAAAUUUAUUAAAUAAUACACAAAAUGUCAGAAAAUACAGAGUUAUCAAAGGAACAGUUAUUUGUAAAGGAGUAUUUGUUAGAAUAUUAUAGGGGUUUCGCAGGACUAGAGUUAGAAUAUUUGAGAGACUUUUACGAAGCCCCAGGAAGAUUUUUUCAGUCAUACUAUUCUGAAAGAUGUACAGAAAAGAGGCACUACAAUAUGUUUCGCGCCUCUAUCUUUACUAUCAAAUUAGGAGGGAACAAUAUAAAAAGUAUUUUAGAAAAAAUUUUUCGUGAGAAUCUCUCAAAAGGCGCAGCAAAAAAAGACACCGCAACAACAAUUGGGCCAAUAAGAGGACCAGUGCUUAUGAGAGAUGGCAAAGAAAUUCCAAUUGGAUGGGAAGAGGAAAAAAAGCUACUGAUAGAACUGAAAGAUGUACGAAUACAUGAACUAGAAGAGGAAGUAGAGCUUUUCAAACGGUACAACAAUAAUGCAAAAGAAAAAAUAGAAUCGCUGAAAAAAGAAAUAAAGAUAGCUGAAGAACGAAUUAUAUUAUUAGAAAAUGAUGCAAGAAAAUUCUCAGAAUCAGAAAAGAAGAUAACGAGUGAAAUUGCUACAUCCAGUAAACCGAAAAGUAAGACAAAAAGCCACGAUCAGCACCAAAAAUCCAAAAAGAAGAAAUCAUCGACACAAGAAAUUAAUAAAGGGAAGAUCACCGAAAUUCCGGUUCAAACAACUUCCGAUGAUGAUUAUCUGGGAAAACAUUUUGCCGAACAAUCACGUGAUUUGAAAUUUUACGAUUUUCCUGCUUAUUGGAAAGAUAACGAUAUUUAUGAAAUGUUGGAGAAAGUAGGAUAUAUAGAAAGAUUAGAAGUCAAAUGGAAUUAUAAGUACAGAACCGUUCGGGCUAGGAUUCGUUUGACAAAAGAAAUGGAAGAGAUAUUUCUAAAAGGAGGAUCCAAUAUAGCUCUAACAAAAAAUGAACGAACGUACUUUUUCAGGAUGUUUGAUGCAGAAUUAAAUGCAACAGAGAUAAAAAAGAGGUACGAAUGGCAAGCUUAUAAGAAAUUAAACGAAGAAUCGAUGAAAAAAGAACACGAGAUAAUAAGAGAUUAUAAUAAAAAUCUCGGUGGACAUUUUGCCAAAAUUAUCAAGAUCAACAAAAUUAAAUAUAUUUUGAUAUACUUUAACAACGAAAGCGAUUUAUUAAAAGCGAUUUAUAGGUCCACAAUGGAAGAGGAUUUAGGGAAAGGACUCCAAAUAAAAAGUCAAGAUGAGUUAAUUGGUAAAGAGGGUACGUACAAGAAAAGAACAGGAAUAAACAGAUUUAAGGUGCCAACGUAAACAACAUCUAAAGAUAAAUUUGUUGAUGCCAAAUCUGAUAUCCUGUCAACAAUACCAAGAACGCAAGAGGAACAUGAAGAACUUGAUAACUUAAACAACAAUUUUAAAGAAAGAUUGGAUGAUUUAGAACAGAAAUCAAGCUUGCCAGAUGAGAAAGGAAAGAAGUCGAGGAUAAAGACAAUAUUAACAAGAAUAAAAAACGUGUAGUGACAACACAAGGACGAAGGAAAGAUUCUGAUAGCGAAUAAACAAAAUCAUCCUUUAAAUUUUAACAAAAUUAUGAUGUAACUUUAGGGCAACACUUGGAUCUGACUAAAGGCUACGCGGACAAAAGAGGAAUUUUUGGAUGCUAUCUUGGGUAUUUCCAUCAAAAAGUGUAGUUUUAGAGUUUUUUUUU